AUGGGCCGUGUCCGCACCAAGACCGUGAAGAAGGCGGCGCGUGUCAUCGUGGAGAAGUACUACAGCAAGCUCACGUUGGACUUCCAAGUGAACAAGAAGAUCACUGAGGAGGUGGCCACCGUCCCUUCCAAGCGCUUGCGCAACAAGAUCGCGGGCUUCACCACGCACUUGAUGAAGCGCAUCCAGAAGGGCCCGGUCCGUGGCAUUUCCCUGAAGUUGCAGGAGGAGGAGCGUGAAAGGCGCAUGGAGUUCGUGCCUGACCAGUCCGAGGUGAACACGGAGUUCAUCCAGGUUGAUCCUGACACCCGAGACAUGCUCAAGGAGCUGGAGAUGGAUCGCCUGCCCAACAUCACCACCUCCAACGUGACCCUCACCGGGGUCGCCAUGGGCCGCAGGUAG